AUGACCUCCUAUUUCUCUUCGAUUACCUCGUCGUCAGCGAUCUCCAACAUCAGCACGCGGCUCACCUCCCUCCGCCGUGCCAUCACGUCCGGAGAUGAGGCCGACGACCCAGAAAACGAAGACUGCUCUCACAUCUCCAACGUCCUGCGUGCCUACUACACAGAGAAAGGCCGGCCCUUUCCAUCAUGGCUCCCUCCGGACCCUAAAGCUCCAGCACCCGCACCUUCCCGAACGAUCGCAACCACUCAGAUCCAGCCAGGCGCCUACGGACACGGUUCAGCGGUCAGAACCUCAGGCCCCGGACGCGGUGGCGGGCUGAGUGAUCUAUGGGGAGACUCGGGAGCCUCUCAGCAACCACCAGCAUCACAAACGGCCAGUCUGCGACGAGGACGUCUGGCACCCGGGAGCGCAGGCGCCCCGCUGUCGAUGGUGCACAGCGCUCCCUCUGGCUCAAUGGUGACACCUCCCUCGGGAUCACCCACACCGCCGACUGCGCAUCCGUCCGGGGCACGACCUCUCCCCAGUCAGCGAGCGGGGUCGUAUCAGACAAUUGCAUCAGGCCAGGCCUCUCUUGAGCGGGCUGCGUCUGCGCAGGAGAGACUGCGAGCCCGAUUGCAUGGAGGGCGGUCGCCUAGCCCGGCCCAGACUCCUCCGGGCGGCAGUCGGCCGGGGUCACCGUAUUACGGGGGAGGGGCAGAUCCGAGUGUGCGAAAGCCGGUUGGAAUACCGCCGGGACGGCGUUAA